AUGUUAAAACAGGGAAACUUAUCAGAGCUUCCUAUAAAUGUAAUCUUUUUUGAAAUUCUAUCCUAUUGUGAUUAUUUGUGGAUUUUAUCAUCUGUUAGAUUAGUUUGCAGAGAUUGGAAUGAAAAUUAUCAAAGCAUUCGACCUCAUUAUUUCAUGAUCAAUUAUGAUGGAUCGGAAAAUGAUGCAAAACGAAAAUUGAUGGAUUCUAACAAGUUACACUUGGUUACUAAAUUUUCGGCAACAAUCGAAUCGUUUAGUUUAAACUUUUUAGUGGAGGAAAUGGAAAGGAGAAAGAGGUUGGCUAAUUUAGAACAAUUAAUUGUUUCAAAAUUGACUAAUCUGCAAGAAUUAAUCAUUUACAACGAUGGUAGCUAUAAUCUUUUGGAAAAAUUCAUGAAAAUUGAAAGUUUACAAAGCUUGGAAUUACACAAUUUUCAAUUUGGAGGCGAAUUUUUGAAAUGUCAUCAUUCAAAAAUCAAAUCAUUGACAAUUUCGAAUGGAGAAGCAAUGAAUUUGAAAUUUAAUGAAGUAGAUUGGCCAUUAGAGAAAUUGAGCAUUCUCAGUUCAAUGUCUGAAUCGUCAUGGAAUUCAAUUCUUGAAAGCAAAUUUUGUAAAACUUUACAACAACUUGAUGUUGAACUUUUCGAAUUGACAUUGCAUGGUGGUUGUAAAUUUGAAAAUUUAACUGAUUUGAAAAUGGGUUAUUUUAGUAAUACUGAUGAAGAGUUGAAAUUUCUCACUUCCAUUGUAAAUUUGAAAAAGUUCGAAUGUAGGUGUCUUUGGGAUUGGAACGAUGAAUUGCUGGAAUUUUUCUCCAAUUUUAGAAACUUGACAGUUCUAAAACUCAACGGUUGUAGCAAUGAUAGGCGAGAUAUUACUGGAAAUGGACUUUCUAAUUUUGUAAAUUUGAUUAAUUUGACAGAAUUGGAUUUAUCUUUCUGUUCCAUUCAAAAAGUUGAAUAUUUAAGUUCAGUAACAAGUUUGAGGAUUUUAAAACUUUCUAAUAAUUUAAUAUCUGAUGAAAGUUUGAAAGAUUUUCACAAACUUUCCAAUUUAACAGCUCUAUAUUUGGAUAAUAAUAGAAUUACAAAAUUAGGAGUUAAUUAUUUGUCAGCUCUAUCCUCUCUUAAAAUUCUUAAUUUGUAA